AUGGGCCCUAGCCUGGGCCACUUCGACACCCACGAGACGGUUUCCUACAUGCUCUUCCACGAGAACAACAAGGCCGCAGUCGACCCCUCCCUGGGCAUGCAGAUCGAAGUGAACGUUACAGCCGCCAGCGCAGAGGCAGCCGCAAGCUUUGCAGAGUUGUGCAACAGCCUGGUACAGAAGUUGAACACCGGGCCAUUCUUGGAAGUUCACAGCUACGGCAGCCUGGUCACCAUCUUGAGUAUGCCGUUGCCAGGCGGAACAGCAGCGGACGGACUGCGCUCGCUCGUCCCGAUCAUGAAGCACAUUGGCCACUUGACCUUCAACGUGUCCGCCAACAACAACAUCGAGCAUAUGAUGGCGCACCCGGAUGAUUCGAUCUGGAAGCAAGCGAAGACUGGAGCAAAAUUCAUGCUGGAUGCGACUCUCACCAACGCUGUUGAGAAGGCCCUUGUUGACCGCUUGAAUGCUAGCAGUGGCCACGACGAAGUAGAGUGCCCAACAAUGGAGGCUCCAUGUUUAGAUACUGAUCACCCAGGCAGCUGCUGCUCGCUCAGAGCAUGCGUGGCUCCUGAUGAUGGUGAAGAGAGUGGUCCUAAUUGGCAGGAGAUCCAGUGCAAGUACAACCAGACCUGUGCACCUCUCUGUGGUGGCAGCGCAGUCGCGAAGACACCUCGGGACUAUGCUCUGGCGAUGAGCGAGAAGCUGAUGCAGAUCUUCACUGGUGGCUCAUUGGAUGUCCGUGUGGCCUACGAUGAUGAAAUUGUCAAGGGCAUUUUCGCUUCGCUCCCCGUGCUGAACAUGACCUUCCGAAGCCUUCAGGAGCAGUACAGGUCCUUGGCACAGCAGAAUCACUUGGAGAAAUUUGCAUCCCACCCGUUCGCUGCAGCAGGCGUGGAAGUCAUGAAUGCAGUGAACAAGGACUUGGUGAGCAUUGAGUCGGUGGAGCUCAAGAACCUCCCGAGUGACAUUAGGCUCGUCAUAAAGUUGGAGAACGCGAAGCCUUUCCAGUUCAUCUUCGCUCUCCUCGAAGGCAGUGGCAUCCUCGGCAUGCUCGCAGGCAUGAAAGCUGCGCCACCCGUGUGGGAGUUCGAGGCCGGUACUGGCUGGAAACCCUUCGGUGAUGACUGCCAAGACGAGGUCGAGAAGUUGUACCAAAGCUUCUGCUCGGGAGGCAGCCGGCGCAUUGAGGUCAAGACUCAAGGAAUGUCCGUUUCCUUGGAUUUUCAAAAGAUGACCUCUCUGGCCGCAGACCUACUUGGGCUGCUGCUGAUGGACUCUGGCCCAUUCUGCAUCUGGAGCAUCACAGGCGCAGAGGAUGCCAGGCUGCAGGCAUUUCGCGGAUUAAAGCAUCGGAAGCUGCCUGCGGACAUUGUCCUGGCAGAAGGUUAUGAUGCAGUCCUAUUGCUCUUAACGAGCCAGCAUUCCUGUAAAGAAGUGCUGCUGCAGCCUCACAUGGAGUCGGAAGUCAAUCGAGUUCUUCAGGGGCGUCCCGCAGAUGUUGGAAGAGCUGGGCCUUCCAGCAUCCUCAGUAGCAGCAUUGAAGUCAUCGAGGAAGUAACGGAGAUCCGCUUGGGAGCUGGCAGGGCAAAGUUGGCUUUCGCUUUGGCAGACCGCCGAAGGGCCCCUGCAAGUCUGCAUUCCGUACUUCCAGGACUCGCAGUCAGCUCAGCACCACUGCGCCUGAUCAUUUUGGAUGGCUUAACGGAUGCGGCGAAUGUGGGAACUCUCUUCAAGGUCGCUGCAGCGUUUGGCCUCUCCGGCGUGCUGUGUUCGCCUGGCUGUUGCGACCCUUUCAGUGCGCGGGCAGUUCGCGUCUCCGGUGGGCAGGUCUUCAGUAUGCCCUGCUAUCAGGGAGACCUGCCAGAGGCCCUGCACCAUCUUCGUGCUGAAGGUGUCCUGACAUUGGCUGCGGUGGUACAAGAGGGUGCAGUCUAUUUUGACGAGGUACAAGAACUCCCACGACGAUGGGCAAUGGUCCUUGGGUCAGAGCACUUCGGCGUUGAGACAGCUGUGCGCGAAGCCUGCGACAAGUUGGUCAAGAUCCGGAUGGCCAGUGGUGUGGAUUCCUUGAAUGUGGUGAUCUCGGGCGGCGUUCUGGUUCACGGCUGCGUAGAGCGUGAAUCGCGAGAAUGA